AUGCGGGAGCGUAGCCCGGCGCCGCGGCAGCGCUGCGGGAGGAGGAUGGCGGGGCUGGCUUGGAAGUGGCCGCGCACCCGGCUGCCCGUGGGGGCCAGCGCCCUCGGCGUCUUCGUCCUUUGCUGGCUCUACAUCUUCCCCGUGUACCGGCUGCCCGACGAGAAGGAGAUCGUUCAGGGGGUGCUGCUGCAGCAGGGCAAGGCGUGGAGGAGGAACCACACUGCGGUCGCCGUCUUCAGGAAGCUGCUGGAAGACUGCUGCGACCCUGGGCAGCUCUUUGCCAUGACAAAACAGAACUCCCCAAUGGGAAAGAACCUCUGGUUUGAUGGGGAAUUUUUGUAUUCUUUCACCAUUGACAAUACAACUUACUCACUAUUCCCACAG